CCCUCCCACCCGUCCACUCAUCAGCCGGGGCUCUCUCCUCUACCCUUCAUCUGACUUUUCUUUCUCCCUGGUGCUGCCGGAGAGGAGAAGCACAUAUUUUGGGAGGGGGGAUCAGCCUGAACUUUAGGGAAAAAAACAAAACAAAAACUUUCUCCCCAAACUGGAUAUAAAUUCUAGAAGGAACGUACAAAAAUCAAAGACCUACCACUCAUUCCAAGGGAAGUAUCAAGAAUCUCAGGGGUCCCCAUGAGAGGUGAGGGGGUCUCUACAGCUCUGGGAAAAGUCUGGAGACGGGGUUGAAAAGUUUCCUGGAGCGGAGGAGAGAUUUCCAAAAUGGAUUACAGCUCGUUCAGCGGGGUUCCCCGGUUCCUCACAAGACCCAAGGCCUUCAUGACGUCUGUGGGGAAAGAUGUCACUUUAAGUUGCCAAAUUGUUGGAAGCCCAGCACCCUCAGUCACAUGGGAGAAAGACAAGCUCCAAGUCCAGUCAGGAGGACGCUUCAAAAUGGUGGAAGAUGGCGGCUUAUACCAGCUCACCAUAUACGAUUUGACCUUUGGAGACAGCGGCCAGUACAUAUGCCGCGCAAUCAACAACAUAGGGGAAGCGUUUGCCGCGGUGAUGAUCAAAGUCGGGGAUGAACAGGAGAGCACGGUGGUGGAAUGCCCGCCAUAUUUUAUCCUGAAACCAGUCAACGCCAAGUUGAACCUGGGAGAAAGUGCCACCUUCAAAUGCCGGGUACAGGGCCACCCACAUCCCGUGAUCAAUUGGGAGAAAGAUGGGAAACUGUUGGGAACAGCCAUCGAUUCCAGCCACAUUCGCGUUGAGGUGGACGGGGAAUCCAGCGCUCUGCGGAUACACUGCGUUCGGUAUUCAGACAGCGGGACCUAUGUCUGCCGGGCCGAGAAUUCUGUUGGCCAGGCUAAAGCCUCUGCUUCGCUGUUGAUCGAUUCUCUCAGCAACCUUAACGCCAACAGUAUAAGCUCUCCGGACGUGGGUUAUGGCAAAACGGCCUCCAUGUUGUCUCACCUGCAGAAACGGCGAGAAGAAAUGAGAAAGACAGACCUUUCCAUACUGGGCUCCUAUGACUAUAGCUCCUCUCCCUAUAAAACUGUAGACUCAAUGACCGGCCUGGGUUUUAACCUGUCCCGUGACUAUGAGAGGGCAGCGUCCCUCACGCCAAAAGCAAACCGCGAAGGAACCAUGAGCGUUCUCACGCGCACUUGUACGGUGACGGAGGGUAAGCACGCCAAGAUGAGCUGUUUUGUGACUGGGGAGCCCAAGCCUGAAAUUGUGUGGAAGAAGGACGGAGAGGUGGUCUCGGAGGGCCGGAGGCACGUCGUCUAUGAGGAUGAGCAAGAGAACUUUGUCCUUAAAAUUUUAUUCUGCAAACAAAUCGACAACGGACUGUACACCUGCACGGCGUCUAACCUGGCUGGUCAGACCUACAGCUCCGUGCUGGUCAUCGUGAAAGAGCCCAGAAUCCCCUUCCGAUCGAAGCUGAGGGACCUGGAAGUGCGGGAGAAGGAGUCGGCCACCUUCCAGUGUGAGGUCCCCUACUCUCUCACCGAGUCAGCCUGGUUCAAGGAGGAGACGAAGAUCCAGCAGAGCACUAAGUAUAGCAUUGAGGAGGAGGGCACCAUCCGCAGACUGACUGUACAGAACGUCACCGCAGACGAUGACGCCGUGUACAUUUGUGAGAUGAAAGAGGGCAGCCGCACAAUCGCUGAGUUGUCCGUCCAAGGAAACAUAAUUAAAAAGUUGCCGCGCAGGACAGCCGUCCCGGUGAAUGAUACGGCCAUAUUUUGCGUUGAGCUGGACAACGAUUGCCAGAAGUUCAAAUGGAUUAUCAACGGGGAAGAAGUAAAAUCCGGUGGGCGGAUCUCUAUCACGUCUUCUGGCAAACAGCAUACCAUGAUUAUCCGGGAAUGCCAGAACAGCGACUCUGGCGAGAUCGCCUUCAUAGCCGAUGAAUGUAAAACAUCCACCAAAUUUACCGUCACCGUCUUAAGAAAACCUCCCUCCGUCGCCCCUAUUAACCCUGUGGUGACUGAAAAGACUGAAACAUCUGUGAAAUUAGUCUGGUCCCCUCCCCCAAUUGAUCGCCCGGUGCCAAUCGAUGGGUACAUUGUAGAACGUAAGAAGCUUGGAGCCAUGACUUGGGUGAGGUGCCAUGAAUCAGCCAAUGUACCCACCUCGGAAUUAAGAGUCAGCCACGUGCCAGAUGAAGGGAGCUUCCAGUUCAGGGUCAGUGCCGUUAAUAGCUAUGGCCAGAGUCCGUACCUGGAGUUCCCUGGAACGUUGUACCUCGAACCUGUUCCCUCCAUUAAAACCCCUCUGAAACCUGUUGAAGUCACAGCAGGGGAAGAAGCAACGUUCUCCAUUGACCUCACCACGGUGUCUUCUGGCACUUGGCUAAUUAAUGGCAAAGUGAUUGAGAACAGCGAGCAGUAUCUGGUGAAACGCAUGAAGAACACCCACAUUCUGAUCAUCAGGAACGUCACCCAACUUGAGGACCAAGCGGAAGUGAAAUUCACUUGUAAAGAGAUCGAGAACAGCACCAAACUCCGGGUGAAAGCCCUUCCUAAAUUCACAAGCACCAACAAGACCAAUGAGGUGAAGGUGACCUCUGGGGAGCAGGCGGAAUUUGUCUCGGAGACUUCUGAGGAGAACGUAACUGUACUCUGGUACAAAGACAGCAAAGAGAUCAGGAACUCCAAGAAAUUCUCUGUCGAAGCGAAAGGAAAACACCAAAAACUUGUCAUCUCAUGUGUCAGGAAAGAAGACGAAGGCUUGUACACAUGCAGAGUCGGCAACGACUCACUUACCUUCACAUUAAAAGUUACAGAACCUGAGCCUGCGUUCACCAAUCAGGACAAGGUGCAGAGGGAGGUCCAUGUCAAACUGACCGAGAGCGCCACCCUGAGCUGCGAGGUGUCCCAGGCCAAGACGGAGGUGAAAUGGUACAAGGACGGGAAGCUGAUCACCUCCAGCAAGAAACUGAGGCUGGAGUCUGAGGGCAAAUCCAGACGCCUGGUGGUGGAGCAGGUGGAGAAGAAAGACGCCGGAGAGUACAGCUGUGAAGCCGCCGGGCAGAAGAUCAACUUCAAGAUCAACGUCAAAGAAACAGAGGCUGCGUUCAUCAAUCAGGACAAAGUUCAAAAGGAGGUAGCAGCCUCCUUGACCGAGAGCGCCACCCUGAGCUGCGAGGUCUCUGACAGCAAGACGGAGGUGAAAUGGUACAAGGAUGGGAAGCUGGUCACCUCCAGCAAGAAACUGAGGGUGGAGUGUGAGGGCAAAUACCGCCGCCUGGUGGUGGAGCAGGUGGAGAAGAAAGACGCUGGAGAGUACAGCUGUGAGGCCGCCGGGCAGAAGAUCAACUUCAAGGUCAACGUCAAAGAGCCCAAACCUGCAUUCACCAACUUGGAGAAGGUGCAGAAGGAGGUCCAGGCUGCCCUGACCGAGAGCGCCACCCUGAGCUGCGAGGUGUCCCAGGAGAAGACAGAGGUAAAAUGGUACAAGGAUGGGAAGCUGGUCACCUCCAGCAAGAAACUGCGGGUGGAGUCUGAGGGCAAAUCCCGCCGCCUGGUGGUGGAGCAGGUGGAGAAGAAAGACGCUGGAGAGUACAGCUGUGAGGCUGCAGGGCAGAAGAUCAACUUCAAGAUCAAUGUCAAAGAAACCGAGGCUGCGUUCAUCAAUCAUGACAAAGUGCAGAAGGAGGUAGCAGCCUCCCUGACCGAGAGCGUCACCUUGUGCUGCGAGGUCUCCGACAGCAAGACGGAGGUGAAGUGGUACAAGGACGGGAAGCUGGUCACCUCCAGCAAGAAACUGAGGGUGGAGUCUGAGGGCAAAUACCGCCGCCUGGUGGUGGAGCAGGUGGAGAAGAAAGACGCCGGAGAGUACAGCUGUGAGGCCGCCGGGCAGAAGAUCAACUUCAAAGUCAACGUCACAGAGCCCAAACCUGCAUUUACCAACUUGGAGAAGGUGCAGAAGGAGGUCCAGGCCGCCCUGACCCAAAGCGCCUCCCUGAGCUGUGAGGUGUCCCAGGAGAAGACGGAGGUGAAAUGGUACAAGGACGGGAAGCUGAUCACCUCCAGCAAGAAACUGAGGGUGGAGUCUGAGGGCAAAUCCCGCCACCUGGUGGUGGAGCAGGUGGAGAAGAAAGACGCCGGAGAGUACAGCUGUGAGGCCGCCGGGCAGAAGGUCAACUUCAAGGUCAACGUCAAAGAACCCGAGCCUGCGUUCACCCACCAGGACAAGGUGCAGAAGGAGGUCCAGGCCGUCCUGACCGAGAGCACCACCCUGAGCUGUGAGGUGUCCCAGGAGAAGACGGAGGUGAAAUGGUACAAGGAAGGGAAGCUGGUCACCUCCAGCAAGAAACUGCGGGUGGAGUCUGAGGGCAAAUCCCGUCGCCUGGUGGUGGAGCAGGUGGAGAAGAAAGACGCCGGAGAGUACAGCUGUGAGGUUGCCGGGCAGAAGAUCAACUUCAAGAUCAACGUCAAAGAACCUGAGCCUGCGUUCACCAGUCAGGACAAGGUGCAGAAGGAGGUCCAGGCCGUCCUGACCGAGAGCGCCACCCUGAGCUGCGAGGUGUCCCAGGAGAAGACGGAGGUGAAAUGGUACAAGGACGGGAAGCUGAUCACCUCCAGCAAGAAACUGCGGGUGGAGUCUGACGGCAAAUCCCGCCGCCUGGUGGUGGAGCAGGUGGAGAAGAAAGACGCCGGAGAGUACAGCUGUGAGGCCGCCGGGCAGAAGAUCAACUUCAAGAUCAAUGUCAAAGAACCUGAGCCUGCUUUCACCCAUCCGGCCAAGGUGCAGAAGGACGUUUUGGCCAUAAUUAGUGAAAGCGCCACCCUGAGCUGCGAGGUGUCGCAGGAGAAGACGGAGGUGAAAUGGUACAAGGACGGGAAGCUGAUCACCUCCAGCAAGAAACUGAGGGUGGAGUCUGACGGCAAAUCCCGCUGCCUGGUGGUGGAGAAGGUGGAGAAGAAAGACGCGGGAGAGUACAGCUGUGAGGUCGCCGGGCAGAAGAUCAACUUCAAGAUCAAUGUGAAAGAACCUGAGCCUGCUUUUACCAAUCAGGAUAAGGUGCAGAAGGACGUAGUGGCCGUUAUAAGUGAGAGCGCCACCCUGAGCUGCGAGGUGUCCCAGGAGAAGACGGAGGUGAAGUGGUACAAGGACGGGAAGCUGGUCACCUCCAGCAAGAAACUGCGGGUGGAGUCUGAGGGCAAAUCCCGCUGCCUGGUGGUGGAGCAGGUGGAGAAGAAAGACGCCGGAGAGUACAGCUGUGAGGCCGUCGGGCAGAAGAUCAACUUCAAAGUCAAAGUGAAAGAACCCGAACCUGCGUUCGCCCACCAGGACAAGGUGCAGAAGGAGGUCCAGGCCGUCCUGACCCAAAGCGCCACCCUGAGCUGCGAGGUGUCCCAGGAGAAGACGGAGGUGAAGUGGUACAAGGACAGGAAGCUGGUCACCUCCAGCAAGAAACUGCGGGUGGAGUCUGAGGGCAAAUCCCGCCGCCUGGUGGUGGAGCAGGUGGAGAAGAAAGACGCUGGAGAGUACAGCUGUGAGGCCGCCGGGCAGAAGAUCAACUUCAAGGUCAACGUCAAAGAACCUGAGCCUGCGUUCACCCACCAGGACAAGGUGCAGAAGGAGAUCCAGGCCGUCCUGACUGAGAGCGCCACCCUGAGCUGCGAGGUGUCCCAGGAGAAGACGGAGGUGAAGUGGUACAAGGACGGGAAGCUAGUCACCUCCAGCAAGAAACUGCGGGUGGAGUCUGACGGCAAAUCCCGCCGCCUGGUGGUGGAGCAGGUGGAGAAGAAAGACGCUGGAGAGUACAGCUGUGAGGCCAACGGGCAGAAGAUCAACUUCAAGAUCAACGUCAAAGAACCUGAGCCUGCUUUCACCAAUCAGGACAAGGUGCAGAAGGACGUAGUGGCCGUUAUAAGUGAGAGCGCCACCCUGAGCUGCGAGGUGUCCCAGGAGAAGACGGAGGUGAAGUGGUACAAGGACGGGAAGCUGGUCACCUCCAGCAAGAAACUACGGGUGGAGUCUGACGGCAAAUCCCGCCGCCUGGUGGUGGAACAGGUGGAGAAGAAAGACGCCGGAGAGUACAGCUGUGAGGUCGCCGGGCAGAAGAUCAACUUCAAGAUCAACGUCAAAGAACCUGAGCCUGCUUUCACCCACCAGGACAAGGUGCAGAAGGACGUAGUGGCCGUUAUAAGUGAGAGCGCCUCCCUGAGCUGCGAGGUGUCCCAGGAGAAGACGGAGGUGAAGUGGUACAAGGACGGGAAGCUGGUCACUUCCAGCAAGAAACUGCGGGUGGAGUCUGACGGCAAAUCCCGCCGCCUGGUGGUGGAGCAGGUGGAGAAGAAAGACGCCGGAGAGUACAGCUGUGAGGCCAACGGGCAGAAGAUCAACUUCAAGAUCAACGUCAAAGAACCUGAGCCUGCGUUCACCCACCAGGACAAGGUGCAGAAGGACGUAGUGGCCAUUAUAAGUGAGAGCGCCUCCCUGAGCUGCGAGGUGUCCCAGGAGAAGACGGAGGUGAAGUGGUACAAGGACGGGAAGCUGGUCACCUCCAGCAAGAAACUGCGGGUGGAGUCUGACGGCAAAUCCCGCCGCCUGGUGGUGGAGCAGGUGGAGAAGAAAGACGCUGGAGAGUACAGCUGUGAGGUCGCCGGGCAGAAGAUCAACUUCAAGAUCAACGUCAAAGAACCUGAGCCUGCUUUCACCAAUCAAGACAAGGUGCAGAAGGACGUAGUGGCCGUUAUAAGUGAGAGCGCCACCCUGAGCUGCGAGGUGUCCCAGGAGAAGUCGGAGGUGAAAUGGUACAAGGACGGGAAGCUGGUCACUUCCAGCAAGAAACUGAGGGUGGAGUCUGAGGGCAAAUCCCGCCGCCUGGUGGUGGAGCAGGUGGAGAAGAAAGACGCCGGAGAGUACAGCUGUGAGGUCGCCGGGCAGAAGAUCAACUUCAAGGUCAACGUCAAAGAACCAGAAGCCAAGUUCCAGAAAUUACCUGUGCAGAAAGAACCAAUCAUAGUGCAGGAACACGAGGAUGUUACCCUGGCGACCUCUGUCCUCCCGGAAAAUGCCCAGGUGAAAUGGUUCAAGGAUGGAACUGAGCUGACUGCCUCCAAGAAGUACCAUAUGACCGUAGCAGGGGCUUCACGGACUCUCAUUGUGAAAACGGCAGAGAGUAAGGACAGCGCUGUGUACACCUGCAGGACCAAAAGCGACACGCAGGACUUUAAAGUGCAGGUUAAAGAAAUCCCGGUGACGUUUGUGAAGAAGAUGGAGGCGGUGACGGGGGAGACCGGUUCUUCCGUCACACUGACCUGUGAGCUUGGCCAGUCAAAGGGCGACGUGAUCUGGAAGAGGAGCGGUGAGGAGAUCAAACCUGGCAAACGCUUCCAGAUCCGGUCUGAUGGGGGCAGGCGAAGCCUCACCAUCUCCCAGCUGAAGGCGGAGGAUGGCGGGCAGUAUUCCUGCGAGUCCCGGAAUGACAAAACCAUUGCGCAGCUGACUACCAAAGCCCCCAGGGUGGUGAAGUUCACAGCAGAGCUGAACAAUGUGGUGGUAGAGGAAGGAGCGGAGGCCACAUUUAAAUGCACCGUGUCCCCGGAGGACGCCGAGGUAGCCUGGUACAGAAACGGCGCCAUGAUUGAAAAGAGCAAUAAAUUCACAUUCAGCAAGAAGGGAACCGUCCACAGCCUGACUAUCAGCCACCUGACCAUGCAAGACGCGGCUGAGAUCACCGCACAGGCCGAAGGGGUGAAGACAACCGGCAGCCUGAAGGUCCGAGAGGCACCAGUGGUAUUUAAGAAGAAGUUGGAAGCAGUCACGGUGGAAGAGAGACAGGCCGCCCAUCUGGAAGCCGAGCUGUCCAAAGCCUCCAAGGAAGUGAAGUGGAUGAAGAACGGCAUCAUCCUACAGUCCGGCGACAACAUCGAGAUUAAAUCUGAGGGAACGAAGCAGGUUCUCAUUGUGAAGAACGCCGCGUUCACCGACCGUGGCCUGUACGCCUGCGAGACGCUGGAUGACAAGACUCAGGCCAAGCUCACUGUGGAGACACGGCAGGUGAAGCUCGUCAAAGGCCUACGGGACGUCCAGGUGCGCGAGAAGGACUCGGCCACCUUUGACCUAGAGCUCUCUCAUGAAGACGUCGAGGGAUCAUGGACGAAAGAUGGUCUGAAAUUGAAGCCCUCAGACUCCUGCAAAAUGACGGCUAAGGGCAAAAAACAUGGACUCGUGCUCUCGUCUGUGAAGCAGGAGGACACGGGAGCCAUUGCCUUUAAAUCAGAAGGCGUACAGACUUCUGCCAAGCUCACUGUCCUAGAACCGCCAGUAAAAAUCAGCCACCCUCUUAAAGACACCACAGCCUCAGAGAAGGAGAAGGUGACAUUUGAAUGUGAGGUGUCAAGGCCUAACGCGGAGGUGAAAUGGUUAAAGGACGGAUUGGAGUUGCGACCAAGCAAAAAAAUCACCAUUAUUUCCCAAGGUAAAAAGCGAAACCUCACAAUCCACAAGUGUGAAUUCGGUGACAAAGGGACAUAUGUCUGCGACGCCGGAGAUGACAAGAGUUCCGCCGUCCUGACCGUGCAAGCCCGGGACAUCCAGUUCAUUAAGCCAUUAGUAGAUGUGGAAGUGAUGGAAAAGGAAACGGCUUCAUUCAUCUGUCAGAUUUCUCACGAUGAUGUCGAAACGCAAUGGUACAAAAAUGGCGUAAAACUGAGGGCGGGAGAAAAUGUUAAGAUACGCCAGGAAGGAAGGACGUAUUCACUGAUCUUCAAAAGCGUCCAGCCUGAAGAUGCCGGAGACAUUAAAUUUGUGGCUGAAAGUGCAGAAUCAGAAGCAAGUCUGCGCAUCAAAGAACUUCCCGUUAAAAUAACGAAGCCGCUGCGGGAUAAGAUCGCCAUAGAAAAGCACCGCGUGUUCCUCGAGUGCCAGGUAUCUCGUGCCAACGCGGAGGUGACCUGGUACAAGAAAGACAAAGAGAUUCAAGCGGAUAAUAGGUAUGAGAUUGUCAGCCAGGGGCUGUACAGGAAGCUCAUUAUCAACGAGGUGGAGUUCCAGGAUGAGGACACCUACACCUGUGACGCAGGAGAUGCCAAGACCACCGCGCAGCUGCUGGUCGAAGAACAAUCUAUCAAUAUUGUGAGUGAGCUGUGUGACGUGGAGGUGACGAAGCCGGAAAAGGCCGCCUUUGAGUGUGUAACCUCCAUCGUGUCCGUGAAACCACCAAAGUGGAUUCUUGGUGGUGAAGUUCUACAGGAUGGAAAAGACGUAACAAUAGAACAAGAGGGAACGCUCCACCGCCUCACCCUGUGGAAAACAUCUCCAGAGAUGAGUGGCGCUGUCCAGUUUCACAUUGGGAAAUCCAAAUCCACCGCCAAUCUGGUUGUCAAAGAUAUUCCGAUACAGGUCACAGAAGGGAUUGAAGACAAGACCGUCAACGAGCGGCAGACUGUUAUUUUGUCCUGUGAGUUCAAACCCCCUCCCAAAUUUGUAGAAUGGUACCAUGGGAAGACGCUGAUUGAGGCAUCAGAGAGGUACAGACUAAAGCAGGAGAGGAACACGGCGGAGCUUCGGAUUGUGAAGGUGUCUCCUGAUGACGCAGGCGUGUACAUCUGCAAAGCUGGAACUGCGCAGACCUCUGGGACGCUGACGGUUAAAGCUCGCGACGUGAAAGUGCUGAAGCCUCUGGCCGACGCGGAGGUGGAUGAGGAAAGCUGCGCCGUGUUCUCCUGUGAGCUGUCUCAUGAAGACGAGGAGGUUGAGUGGUUCCUGAACGACACUCUACUGUACACCAAUAACUACAACGAUAUUCAGAAGAUCGGCGGCAGCCACACCCUCACCCUGAGGCAAGUGGCCGCUCAGGACUCGGGAACUGUGACUGUGAAGACCCAGAAGCUGUCUCUGAGCGCGGCGCUGAAGGUUAAAGAAAAGCCGGUGGUUUUCAUGAAAUCUUUGGAUGACGCGGUGGGUGAGGAGCGAGGAACGAUCACGCUGAAGUGCGAAGUCUCCAAACCCAAAGUCUCGCCGAUCUGGAAGAAGGACGACCAGGUCCUGCCGAACAGAGAGAAGUAUCAGCAGAUACAGGCAGGGAAAACGGUGUCUCUCAUCAUCCACAAUCUGAGCAAGGCCGACGCGGGUCUGUACAUCUGUGACAUUGGGACGGAUGUGGCAAAGUCCAAAGUCGGAGUUCAAGAGCUCAAUAUCGGGAUCACUAAACGUCUGAAGAGCACUGAGGCCAAGGAAGGCGAGAGCUGCACGUUUGAAUGUGUCCUCUCCCACGAGAGCAUCGACGAAUGCUCAUGGACGCUGAAUGGACUGGAAGUAGAGAAUGACCAGAGGUUUGAGGUGUCCAACAAGGGGCGGAAGUACUUGCUUAGGAUUAAGGAAGUGAAGGCCGGUGACGACGGGGAGGUGAUCUUCACAGCCCGCAACCUGACGUCUAAGGCCUCCUUGGUUGUGAAAGAAAAGCCUGCUGUUAUCACAAAGCCCCUAGAAGACAAAACGGCCAUCUCAGGAGAAGACAUUGUGUUGAAAUGUGAGAUAUCCAAAGAAGAUACAAACGUCAAGUGGUCCAAGGAUGGCAAAGUGUUGAAGAGGAGCCAGGAAUAUGAAAUCUUCCAGGAAGGAACGGAGACCUGGUUGAUAAUCCAUGAAGCCUCGUCCAAAGACUCAGGAGAGUAUAUAUGUGAAACCAGCAUCUCCAAAACCAAAGCUACAGUUCAAAUCUCAGAAAAACCCAACAGGUUCACCAAAGAGCUUAGUGAUGUCAAAUCUGAGGAAGGGGAGACAGCUAUGUUCUCCUGCGAGACUGAGAGGGGCGCUCCCGCUGUGAAGUGGAGGAAAGGAAUCUCGGAGCUCAAGUCGUCUAAGAAAUACAAACUCGGACAAAAAGGCAAUGUCCUGAGCCUGACGGUGAACGAUUUAGAGAAGAGCGACAGCGAUAUUUACAUAUGUGACAUUGGAGAUGCGCAGACCAAGGCCUCUCUCACUGUGAAAGGCCGCAAAGUUCUUCUAGUUGAAGAUCUUGAAGAUGUUGAAGUUUUUGAAGGGGAAUUUGCCACUUUUAAAUGUAGGAUCUCCCCGGCGCACCACAGCAGUGUGCAGUGGUUCCUGGAUAAAACGCCAUUAGAGACAAAUGACGUAAAUGAGAUACAGACACUCCCGGGUGGAUAUCACACGUUGGCUCUCAAGAAACUAGGUGUCAAGGAUUCUGGGACAGUCACCUUUGAAGCCGGAGAUCAGAAAACAUCUGCAAAACUAUUAGUGAAAGAGAAACCUGUCAUCAAUUUGGAAGUAUCACAGGGGGAAAGUGCAACACUUACUGUAAAAACCUCAAAACCAAAUGAGCCAGUAACCUGGUACAAAGAUGACAAAGUCCUUAGAAAUUCAUCCAAGUAUCAGAUCACUAGGUCUGGAUGUGAGACUGAGUUGGUUAUACGUGACACGAAUGAUAAAGACAGCGGCACAUAUCUCUGCGAAUAUGGAACAGUGAAAGCUAGGACAGUUCUUGAUGUUAAGGCCAUUCAAGCCUACUUUAAGCGGGAAGUCCAGAGCACUGACGCUGAGGAAGGCGAGACGGCCACGCUGUUCUGUGAGCUCUCCAGCGAGAAAGCCGAGGUGCAGUGGAAGAAGGACGGACAGACGCUGGGCUACGGCAAUAAGUACGAGAUGCGGGUGAAAGAUCGGAGAGUGGAGUUACUGGUCCACAACGUGGAGAAAGAGGAUGCCGGAACUUAUACUUGUGAGACUGGGGAACUUACAUCUUCCGCAACCUUAACUGUGAAGGCUGUUCAGGUCCUAUUUAAACGCGGCCUACGCAACGAGAAGGCCAAGGAGGGCGGCACGGUGAAACUGCACUGCGAGCUGAGCAAGCCUGGCGCGCCGGUGACGUGGACAAAGGACGAGCAAGCUUUGGAAAGCGGUGAGAAGUACGAAAUCAAGCAGCAAGGCAGGAUGGUGGAGCUGCUCAUUCUCAACGUGAGGCCCGAGGACUCCGGUGACUAUACCUGCGACACCGGAAACCAGAAGAGCACCGCUCACGUGACGGUGGCGGCUCUCCCAGUCCGCUUCAAACAAGACCUGAAAGAUUGUGAAGUGGACGAAGGCUCCUCAGUGACCCUGUCCUGUGAGACCACAAAGGCUGACGCUCACGUGGUCUGGAAGAAAGGCGUCACGGCUCUCCAUGAAAAUGACAAGUUUAGCUUCAGGCAGCAGGGAAGCCAGGUGGAGCUGGUCAUUCGUAACGUAAGAGCCGAGGACGCCGGGAGCUACACGUGUGAUACCGGAGACCAACAGACUGCUGCCCGACUCAGAGUCAGAGAGCUACCAGCUCGCUUCACACAGGAGCUCACACCCCAGACGAUGUCUGAGGGAGAGUCUGCCACCCUGCGCUGCCAACUUAACAAGCCGGACACCACGGUGGAGUGGCGGAAGGAGAACAAAGCGAUCAAGCAGAGUAAGAAGUACAAAACUCGCCAGGAGGGCCUGAUAUCUGAGCUGGUCAUACGUGACCUGACCCUGGAGGAUGGCGGAGACUACACGUGUGUCUGUGGGGACCUCCAGACAUCGGCCGCGGUGACAGUAACCGCGUCACCUCCCCAUUUCAAAGAAGAGCUGAAGAGCGAGAAGGCGUCGGAAGGCGACCAGGCUACCCUGCGCUGCGAGCUGACCAAACCUGGCGCCUCCGUAGAAUGGAGAAAGGCAAACCAGACUCUACAUGCUGACGACAAAUACACAAUGAGGCAGGAAGGCCUGAGCGCUGAACUGAUAAUAAAAAAUCUAGAUGAGAAGGAUUCUGGGAGCUACGCCUGCGUGUGCGGAGAUCGGCAGACCACAGCCAUGUUGACUGUGAAUGCGCUUCCGAUACUCUUCAAAGAAAAACUAGUCAACGCGGACGCCUUAGAAGGAGACCACGUCACACUCCGCUGUGCGCUCAACAAACCGGCCACCGCCGUAGAGUGGCAGAAAGGCCACACGACCCUGAGACACGGAAACAAGUACACCAUGAAGCUGGAAGGGCUGACGGCAGAGCUUAAAAUUCAUGACCUCGAUUUAAAAGACGGAGGAAGUUACACGUGUGUCUGUGGGGAGCAAGAGACCACGGCAAAACUGAAAGUCAACGCUCGGCCUGUGCUUUUCAAACAAGAUCUGAGAAGUGAGCAAAGUACGGAGGGCUCGGCAGUGACUCUGCGCUGUGAGUUGACCAAUCCUCCACCGUUCCUCGAGUGGAGAAAAGGAGACACCGUUCUUAGGCCAAGUGCCAAGUAUGAAAUGCGUCAGGACGGGGCCGUAGCAGAGCUGAUAGUUCAAGACUUAGAGCAGAAUGACAUUGGAGAGUAUACCUGUGUCUGCGGGGAGCAGGAGUCCACAGCCCUACUUAUAGUGAAUGAACUUCCUGUUCAUUUCAAACAUGGACUUCAGAAUGAGACUGGGUCGGAAGGAGAGAGAGUGGUCUUGCACUGCGAGCUUAGUAAGCCCAACGUAGGCGUGGAAUGGCGAAAGAACAACAGCAUCCUCCACGAAUCUGGAAAACACGUCAUGAAACAGGACGGCUCGACUGUAGAGCUCGUCAUUUGCGCCCUAGACGAGGAAGACGCCGGAAUUUACAGCUGCAUCUAUGGAGACCAAGAGACCUCAGCAACUGUAACUGUUGCAGCUCUGCCACCAAGAUUUAAGCAAGAGCUAGAAAACCAGGACUGCGUGGAAGGGCAGGCGGCCAUUUUGAAGUGUCAGCUGACCAAGGCAAAUGCCCGGUUGGAGUGGAGAAAAGGCCUUGAGGUCCUCCAGCCGGGGGACAAGUACAAGAUGAGCCAGGACGGCUGUGAGGCCGAGCUGGUGAUAUGUAAUGUAGACUUGCAAGAUGGCGGCCGGUAUUCUUGUGUGUGCGGAGAGCAACAGACGUCCGCUACGAUGGUAGUCAAUGCAUUGCCUCCAGAAUUUAAGGAAGAGCUGAAGCCCCUGGAAGCACCAGAAGGCAGCUCGGUAACUUUACACUGCGAGCUUACCAAACCUGGAGCCACUCUGGAGUGGAGGAAAGGACACAAGAUUAUUACGCCAAGUGACAAGUACAAACUCAUUCAGGAAGGUCUGGUGGCGGAACUGGUUAUUGGUCAUGUGGACCAGCAGGACACUGGGAGAUAUAUCUGUGUGUGUGGAGACAAUCAGACCGUGGCAUCACUGACGGUGAAGGCUCUUCCGCCUCGAUUCUCAGAAGAACUGAAGGACCAGGAAAGUGUUGAAGGGGAGUCGGUGACUCUGCGCUGUGCGCUGACCAAGCCCAAAGCUGCUCUGGAGUGGAGGAAGGGUCAGAAACUUCUUAAACCAAGUGACAAAUAUAAGUUCCUCCAGCACGGGCUUGUUGCUGAGAUGGUUAUUAAUGGUCUGGGCGUGGAAGAUGCCGGGGAGUACACGUGUGUAUGUGGGGACCACCAAACGACGGCAUCCGUGGCUGUGAAGGCUCUGCCACCACGAUUCCAAACGGAGUUAAAGAGCCAGGAAGCCGUUGAGGGCAGCUCGGCCACUCUGCGCUGUGAGCUGACCAAACCCAAGGCCUCCCUGGAGUGGAGAAGGGGACAGAAGGCCAUCGGAGAAAGCGACAAGUACACGGUCACCCAGGAGGGUCUCAUCGCUCAGCUGGUUAUACAUAAUUUGGACCUGAAAGACGCCGGGGAAUAUACAUGUAUAUGCGGAGAUCAUCGCACUACGGCCUCUCUGACUGUCAAUGCUCUUCCGCCACGAUUUAAAGAAGAACUGAAGGACAAGGAAAGUGCUGAAGGGGAGUCGGUGACUCUGCGCUGUGCGCUGACCAAGCCGAAAGCAGCUCUGGAGUGGAGAAAAGGGCAGAGGGCCCUUACACCGAGCGACAAAUAUAAAUUCAUCCAGGAGGGUCUUGUGGCUGAGCUGGUUAUUAACCGCCUGGACCCUGAAGAUGCUGGGGAGUACACGUGUGUAUGUGGAGACCAGCGAACGUCAGCGUCCCUCAGCGUGAAGGCGCUCCCUGUUGUUUUCCUGGAGGAACUGAGGAACGAAGUGGCAACUGAGGGCCAAGCCGUCACUCUGCGCUGUGAACUGAGUAAGCCGGGUGUGAGUGUGUCCUGGCAGAAGGACAAGACUGCCAUCAGAGCAAGUGACAAGUACGUCAUGUCCCAGGAGGGGGCUGCCGCAGAGCUGACAAUCUGUAACCUGGACCUGAAAGAUGCCGGGAACUACACCUCUGUAUGCGGAGACCAGCAAAGCUCUGCAAAGCUAACUGUACAGGAAAUACCUGCAUUUUUUAAUGAGGGACUGAAAAACAAACAAGAGACCGAGGGCCAGGAAGCCAUUUUCCAGUGUCAGCUGACCAAGCCCAGCGCACAAGUAGAGUGGAAGAAAGGAGAGAAGUCCCUGAGACCUGGGGACAAGUACAAAAUGCAUCAGGAGGGCCUUAAUACUCAGCUGAUCAUCAGAGACCUAGAUCUGAAGGAUUCAGGGAACUACUCAUGCUUGUGUGGAGAGGAGGCAACUACAGCAACUUUAACCGUCACUGAGUUACCCGCACAAUUCAGUACCAAGCUGACCAACGUUGAGGCUCUGGAAGGGGGAACGGCGGUUUUGCACUGUAAGGUGACAAAGCCAUCGGCUUCGGUGCAGUGGAAGAAGGGUGUGGCGGCCCUGUGGCCCAGCGACAAGUACGACAUGAGGCAGGAGGGUUGCAGAGCGGAGCUCCAGAUAAAUGAUCUGGAACUGGCGGACGCAGACCAGUACUCCUGUCAGUGUGAUGGCCAGGAGACAACGGCUUGCUUAACCGUCAACGCUCUGCCGGUUAUCUUUAAAGAGCAGCUGAAAAGUCUGGAAGUUACGGAAGGGGAGACCGCGUUUCUGCGCUGCCAGCUCAAUAAGCCCCACCUGUCGGUGGAGUGGGCGAGAGGAGAUGACGAACUGAGUCCCGGAGACAGGAUCAGCAUUAAGCAGGAUGGACCAGACGCCCAUCUCAUCAUCUGUAAUGUUACUGUAAAGGACGCUGGGCGCUAUACGUGUAGAUGCGGCGAUGCGGCGACCAUGGCGGAGCUGUCAGUGAAUGCCCUCCCUCUGUUAUUUAAAGAGGAGCUGAAAACCGUUAUAGUCACGGAGGGUGAAAGAGCCACGCUGAGGUGCGAGGUGAACAAGCCGGAGGCACCUGUGGAGUGGUACAAAGGAGACGAGAUCAUUCGGCCUAGUGACAGGUGCAUGCCGCAACAGGAAGGAGCUAUCGCUAUGCUCAUCUUUCUGGAUGCUGGUGUAGCGGAUGCCGGAGACUACACCUGUGUCUGCGGAGAGGCCAAGACGACCGGUCACCUGCAAGUACAAGCUCUGCCCGUCACCUUCACGCGGCCGCUGCAGAACACUGAGGCCCGUGAGGAGGACACUGUGACUCUGCAUUGUGAAACCUCCAAGGCCGGUGCAGCCUUAGAAUGGAGGAAAGCCGGCUUGGGGCUGCGGCCCGGCAGCAAAUACGAGAUGCGGCAGAGAGAGCGUGUGGCAGAAUUGUUAAUACACAACCUGAAGCUGGAGGACACGGGAGAGUACAGCUGUGAUACUGGGGACCAGGAGACUAAAGCAUACCUGACGGUGAAAGCUCUACCUAUAGUAUUUACUAAGCCAGUGAAGAAUACAGUAGUAGAAGACGGGGUUACGGUGACGCUACGCUGUGAGACGUCCAAGCCUAAUGUCCAGGUAGAAUGGAGGAAAGGGACUGUAGCACUGUUCCCUUGUGCCAAGUAUGAAAUGAGACAAGAGGGUGCGGUGGCUGAACUGGUCAUCUUUGAUGCUGAAGGAGAAGAUGCAGCGGAUUAUACCUGCGAUACCGGAGACCAGCAGACCACCGCUACCGUCAAAGUUAAUGUCCUCCACUUUGUGCAGAAUUUGCAGAACGUGGAAGCAGAAGAGGGCGGAAGCGCCUGUCUCCGCUGUGAGGUCUCCACCAAGAUGGCCUCCGUGGAGUGGAGGAAAGGAACCGAGAAGCUGCAGCCCAACCACAAGUAUGAAAUGCAGCAAGAUGGCGCAGUGCGCAAGCUGGUUAUUCACGACCUGGAGCCGGAAGACGCUGGAGAAUAUGUGUGUGUGGCCCGAAGCAAGAAAACCUCAGCCAUGCUCACUGUGACAGAACCGGAUGUCACCAUUGUCAGCCGUCUCAAAGACCUGUCAGUGUUUGCCGGGGAAGACGCCGUGUUCAGGUGUGAAGUCUCCCAUGCGAACGCCAAGGAUGUAGAAUGGAAGCUGCAGGGGGUCACUCUGGAAAGUAACGAGGUGAAUGAGAUCUCGGUGGAGAAAGGGAAGACUCACAUCCUUAAGCUCAGCAGCGUGACGCUGGAUGACUCCGGAGCCAUCACGUUUAGAGUCGGUCCCUACACCUCUACGGCCAACCUUACCAUCAAAGCCCCGCUCCCGGUCUUCACCAGAGGGCUGACCGAUGUGGAGGUGGAAGAAGACGCCACGGUCGUACUACAGUGCGAGGUGUCGCAGCCCGGUGUGCCCCUGACGUGGAGGAAAGGCGCAGAGCAGAUCUCACCCAGCGCCAAGCACACUUUCCUGGAUCAGGGUACUGUCCAGAUCCUGCAGAUCCACGAUGCCAAGCCUGGAGAUUCCGGCGUGUACACCUGCGACACCGGCAACCAGGAAACAAAGGCUAAAGUAACGGUUACAGCUAUCCCAGUGGUUUUUGAGCAGAAACCUGAAAAUCAGAGCUGCGAGGAGGGUUCUACAGUCACCGUUCGAGCGCAGAUCUCAAAGCCCAAUGCCCAGGUUGAGUGGAAGAAGGGGGCCGUGCAGAUCAGGCCCAGUGACAAGUAUGAGAUCAGGCAGAAAGGGAAAACGGUGGAACUGAUCAUACACCAGGCCCAGCCGGAGGACUCGGGAGAGUACACCUGUGACAGCGGAGACCAGCGGGUGACUUCUGCUGUGCAGGUGACAGCAAUACCCACGCUGAUCACACGCCACCUCCAGAAUGAGCAGGGAGAGGAGAACGGGUCUGUGACGCUGAGGGCGGAGAUCUCCAAGGCCGACGCCCCUGUGACUUGGCAGAAAGCUGGAGUAGCUCUUAAACCGGGGGCCAAAUAUGAAAUUAAGCAGUCAGGGUGCGUGGUAGAACUUCAUAUACACAAACUGCAACAGAUGGAUGCGGCGGAAUACACGUGUGAGACUGGGGACCAGAAGUCGGUGGCUUCGGUCUUUGUUAAAGAACCAGAACCUUUCAUAGUGGAUCAGUUGCAGAACCUCUCGGUAGAGGAAGGAGAAGACGCUAUAUUUAAGUGCAAGGUGUCUAAGGAUAAUGCCCCUGAUGUCCACUGGUACCUGGCCGGAGUCCCAUUGCAGAGCAAUGAGAUGAACGAGAUUGCUGUCCACAAGGGGAAAAUACACACUUUGACUCUUAGAAAGGUCACCCUGGAAGAUUCAGGUCUUGUCAGCUUCAGAGUGGGACAGAAUACAUCUGUAGCUGAAUUAGAUGUUAAAGCCUCAGUUCUGAAAUUUACCAAGCUGCUGCUGCAGCCAGUUGAUGCUGAUGAGAAGGGGGUGACUGCACUGAGCUGUGAGCUCUCUAAACCCAAUGUAGUGACAGAAUGGAGGAAAGGGUCCAUGGUGAUCAGACAUGGAGGAAGGCACGAGAUCAGCAUAAAAGAAACACUUCACACUUUGUGCAUUAAGGACAUUGCUCUGGACGAUUCUGGGGAAUAUUCCUGCACUGCAGGCACUGAGAAAACAUCAACCAAGUUGCAUGUUAAAGCCCUGCCAGUAGCUUUCACACAACAGUUGCAGAACCUUGAACCCGAGGAAGGGGGAACAGCGGUGUUACAGUGUGAGGUGUCCAAGGAAGGAGCCCACGUGGAAUGGAGGAAAGGGGCGCUGGUUCUACAGGCCAGUGAUAAGUAUGAGAUAAGACAAAGUGGCACUUUAGUUGAACUAGUCAUUCACAACGUGGACCCAGAAGAUUGCGGCCCGUACACCUGCAGCACCGACGCUGCCCAGACCACCGCCUCCGUGUUCGUUCAAGAGAGUAACGUAGAGAUAGUGUCCGGUUUAAAGAACACGGACGUCUUUGCGGGGGAGACGGCCACUUUCUCCUGCCAGCUGUCCAGCCAGGAUGUCCGGAACGUGCAGUGGUGGCUGGAUGGUUCCCCCCUGCAGAACAGCCUCGACAAUGAGAUCUCGGUGUACGAAGGGAACGUCCACACCCUAACGUUAAAAAACCUGGGGACCAAUGACUCUGGCGUGGUCACCUUCAAAGCUGGGUCUCUCGUUUCUUCCGCUAAACUGUUAAUUAAAGAUCCAACUAUUGAGGUGGUCAGUCCCAUGAAUGACCUCACCAUUGAUGAAGACGAGACAGCAGAAUUAAUUUGCCAGUACUCUAGGCCAGUGCAGGCCUCAUGGAAGAAAAACGAUGUAGAACUGAGGGCUGACGGCAAGAGAGUCUUUAUCGAGCAAGACUGGAAUGUGGCCAAGCUGACUAUUAAGUCUGUGGUUCCCGAGGACUCUGGCUUCUAUGUGUGCGAAGCUGAAGGCACUAGGGUUGUCGCCAUGCUUGAUAUUGAAGCAAAGAAUAAAAUAUUGCAAGGGCUGGAGAACAUAGAUGUGGUGGAGGGAGGGGAAGCCCUGUUUGAGUGCUACCUGUCUAAGCCCGAGUGCUACAGCUACAACUGGCUUGUGGACGAUGAGCCGGCAAAGACAUCUGAGAACGUUGAGAUGGUUUUCUUUGAGAAUGGCCGGCGGCACCUUCUCUUGCUGAAGAACCUCACAGCCCAGGACAGUUGUCGAGUGACUUUCAUGGCUGGUGAUGUGGUUUCUUCAGCUUUCCUGAGUGUCCGAGGGUGGCGCCUGGAAGUUCUGAAGCCUCCAGCUGACACCGAAGUCACUCUAGGAGAGAAGACAGCCUUUAGCUGUGUGUUAAGUGAAGCCGUGCCAGUAAACGAGGUUGACUGGUAUUUAAAUGGACUACUCAUCCAGCCAGAUGAACACUGGUCCAUGACCGUAGACGGGAACCAGUAUACACUCAUUCUUAAAGACGCCCAACAAUUUCACUCCGGAGAAGUAGUAUUUGCUUCAAGAGAUGUAGUUGCUUCGGCUAAAUUGGUGAUUCUAGCCCUCCCUGAUCCCCCAGAAGACCCAGAGAUUGUAAGUAAGAGCAGCCGAUCCUUGACCCUGUCUUGGUUCACGCCCUUGAGUGAUGGUGGAUCUCCCAUCAUUGGAUACAAUGUUGAAAUGAAAGCCCCAGGUGGGGACUGGGAGCAGUGCAACAUGGAAAUUAUACAAAGUAUGGAAUAUGUUGUUCAAAAUCUGAAAGCGGGCCAGCCCUACCGGUUCCGCAUUGCCUCCAUAAACAAAGUCGGUGUUGGGGAGCCGGUUCAUUUACCACAAACGGUACAGCUAGAGGACGCUGUGACAGUAAAACAGCAACUGCAAAACAAAACCGCCAGUGAGGGGGAAACCAUUCGCCUGGAGUGCGAGCUUUCAAAGGAAACGCGUGAGGUCAGCUGGACAAAGGAGAAUGAGCCGCUGCAUCCGGGGAAAAAAUAUGAGUUAAUUUCACAGGAUUCAAAACAGAUUCUGAUCAUUCACAAUGUUUCUGUUGAUGACCGAGGAACGUAUUCCUGUGCAACCAAAUCAGGUGCUAAGACCACUGCGAGCGUGGCAUUGGGAAGUGCUGUUCCAACUAUCAUGGAGCCAAUCUCACUACAAGAAGCUUUUCGUGCAGCUGUCGAAAGGAAUGGCCUUGAAGUUGAGGAUGAAGAUGACACACAGCCAAACUUGCCACCAGAAGCUGCUCAAGAAGGAGAUCUGCAUUUAUUAUGGGAAGCACUGGCCAAAAAGAGGAGAAUGAGCAAGGAGCCCACCUUGGAUUCCAUCUCCGAGGUACCAGAAGAAGAUGAAAAGCUAAAACUGAAAAAGGAGGCAGAGAGACGUGCUGACUUCUCUGGAUACACUUCUGAAGAUGUGGCCAAAACCAGUGAGGCUGAUUUCUCACUUACAAGUUCUGAUGAUGAGUCCCGAGCUGGGACACCAUCUUUAGUUUCUUAUCUUAAAAAAGCUGGCCACUCCACUAUUACCUAUGGAACCAAGGUUCAAACAUUAUCUACCAGCAAGUUCUUCAAGCACUUUGAGACCCCUGAAGUUAAGGAGACCAAGAAGCCUGCCCUCGAGGUAGAGGCUGACUUAGCAGAAAUAUUUGAUGACGACCCUGCAAUGGAUAAAGCAGCAGUAAAAAUCCAGGCUGCUUUCAAGGGAUACAAAGCAAGGAAGGUGAUCAAGCAACAGGAAUGUCCUGUUUUUGCAGAGACAUUCAAAGACUUUUCUGUUGAACCGGGGGGAACCGUUCACCUUGAAUGCGUGGCCAUCAGCAAAACAGAUAUCACCACUCGUUGGCUGAAAGACGACCAGGAGCUCUCUGAUGGCCGUCAUUAUCAUAUUGACGACUACACGGAUGGAACCUGCUCCUUAAUUAUUACUGCUGUUGAACUUGAGGACACUGGAAAAUAUACAUGCGAAGUCUCAAACAAGUUUGGGGCGGUGUCUCAUAGUGCAAAGCUGGUGGUGGGUGACGGAGUUCCAGAAGUUGUCCCAAAGCCGAUGCCCUCUCCAGCCAAACUCGGUACUGAUAGUGAGACUGAAAGUUCCUCCGGCAGCGAGUUGGACGAUGCAUUCCGAAAGGCAGGAAGGAGACUGCACAAGAUCUUUAAAUCUAAAUCUUCCCUUGAGAUGUCUGAAGAGGAACUAUUUGUUAGUGCCGAUGAGGGAGAACUACCCCCAAUAGACCACCAAACCUACCGGGAAGAUGACAGAUACAUCUACAUCAAGUUUGAAGUCAUGUCAGAAGCUUCGGUUGCUGCUACAAGGUUCCGAGAAAUGUUCUCCGCCAUGGGCAUCCCAGUUAAAAUCGAUAUUUUAAACCAAGGCCCAAAAAAGAUUGAGCUACGGAUAAUGAAAGUGGAAACUGGGACCACAGAGCAACAUCGACUUGAAGCAAAGCAACAAAUGACUUUACUGACAUCAGACACAGCCCCUAUAUUUAUUACGGAACUUCAAAACCAGGAGGUUCAAGAUGGCUACCCAAUUAGUUUUGACUGUGUCGUAAUUGGGAAACCGAUGCCAAGCGUGCGCUGGUUUAAAGAUGGGAAGGUGAUAGAAGAAGACGAUCAUUAUAUGAUCAACGAGGACCAGGAGGGGUGUCACCAGCUCAUUAUCACUGCUGUCAUCCCCCCAGACAUGGGGGUCUACAGAUGUCUGGCUGAAAACAGAAUGGGGGUCGCUUCAACCAAGGCUGAGCUCAGGGUGGACAUGACCAGUUCAGACUACGACACUGCGGAGGCGACAGAAACAUCAUCAUACUUCAGCGCCAAAGGAUAUGAGUCCAGAGAGCAGGAAGGGAUCGAAUCCUCCACAGAGCAGGAGCAUCUGCCGCAGAUCGUAGAGGAACUCCGAGAUAUUUUGGUGUCACCCGGGACACCAAUUGCAAAAUUCGAGAUCAGAGUGAAAGGGUAUCCUCGCCCGCGGGUGUACUGGUUCAAAGACGGGCAGCCCAUCCAUGCGUCAGACCGGAUACUGAUCACGGAGAAGAAGAGGAAGCGCUCACUGGAGAUUCUCAACGUGGCCAAGGAGGACGCCGGGGAAUAUUCCACGUAUAUCAGCAAUUCGUCCGGCUCUGCGUACUCUUCCGCCAGACUGACGGUCAAAGGGCCCGGGGAACUGCAGAAAGAGAAGUCAGCGGAUGACGCAGGAGAUUUGGAGAAACCGGUUCCCCCCAUGUUCCUGGAGAGAUUCACCAAUAAAAAAGUACCAAAGGGUUCCAGCAUCACGUUAUCUGUAAAAGUGGAAGGAGUUCCUGCUCCGACGGUCACCUGGCUGAAAGAAGAGUCUCCUGAAGAUGUUCUGUGGAUCAAGGCUGAGACUCCGGGAUACAAGCUCGCCAGCUCCAACAUGCACCAUAGUCUUAUCCUGUUGGAUGUUGGCACUGAGUUCACCGGAACCUACACUUGUAUCGCAACGAACAAAGUUGGACAGUCCAUCUGCACAGCAUCUGUAGAAGUAAUAGACGAGAAGGAAUCUCAGAUCAAGGACGAGGCUGAUAAAAUGGUGAAAGACGUUUUGAUGAGCAAAGUUGGGAUUUCUCUCCAGCCCGCAGAAGCAGAUGGUGAGGGCAAGCAGGGCACCAAGCCGCACAUGUCGCUGUCCGAUGUGGGAACCGAGGAAUUCUUCCAGAAACUGACUUCACAAAUAACAGAGAUGGUGUCCGCCAAGAUCAGUCAAGCCACACUCCGAGUUCCCGGAAUGCACGCCAUGGAUAGCGAUGAUGAAUCCAAGACCCCAUCCGCCUCUCCACGCCACGGCAGGUCCAGGCCUUCAUCCAUUGCUGUGGAGUCUUCAUCUGAGUCUGAGGACGGGGACUCCAGGGGAGAGAUUUUCGACAUCUACAUGGCCACAGCUGACUACAACCCUAUCACAGCCGAUAAGGAGACCAUAACCUUAAAAGAAGGCCAGUAUGUGGAGGUCCUGGACAAUGCUCAUCCACUCAAGUGGCUCGUCCGGACGAAGCCAACAAAGUUCAGUGCCUCCCGUCAGGGAUGGGUGUCUCCAGCUUACUUGGAUAAACGUUUGAAGCUGUCGCCCGAGUGGGCAGCAGGAGACGCCGUGGAAUUCUCCGGGGAGUGCGUGUCGGAGGAAGAGUAUAAGAAGAAGCUCAGCAUACUCAUCCAGGACCUUCUCAGCACGGAGAAGGAGUACGUCAAGGACCUGCAGUUCCUCCAGAAACAUUACGUCAGCUAUACUGAGGGCUGCGCCGACCUUCCUGAGGCCGUGGCCAGCCAGAAGUCCGUCAUCUUCAGGAACAUCGGUGACAUCGGCGCCUUCCAUGAAAGCACUUUCUUCCCAGAACUGAAGAAGUGUGAGACAGACGACGAUAUCGCCAUGUGCUUCAUAAAGAACGAGGAAGAGUUCAACCGCUACAUUAUAUAUCUGGUGGGCCGCGUGCAGGCCGAGUCUGUGGUGGUCAAUGACGCCAUUCAGGAGUUCUACAAAAACUACGCGGAUGAGACUUUGGCUCUGUGUGACCCGUCUAAGCCCCCGGUGCCCCCGCUGCAGCACUACCUUGAGAGGCCAAUAAACAGAAUACACCGCUAUCAAGUCAUUAUCAAGGAAAUGAUCCGGAACAAAGCCAGGAAUGGGAAAAACUGUACCCUGCUGGAGCAGGUCUACGCCAUUGUGUCGGCGCUUACCCGGAGGGCGGAGAACUUCCUGCAUGUGUCAAUGAUCGAGAACUACCCUGGGACGUUGGAGGCGCUGGGAGAACCCAUCCGACAGGGUCAUUUCAUCGUAUGGGAAGGAGCUCCCGGCGCUCGAAUGGCCUGGAAGGGACACAACCGCCAUGUUUUCCUGUUCAAGAAUUAUCUCAUCAUCUGUAAAGCCAAGAGAGACACCAGGACGGACACUUACAGCUACGUCUUCAAGAACAUGAUGAAGCUGACGAACAUUGACGUGAAUGAUCAGGUAGAAGGAGAUGACCGGGCGUUUGAGAUAUGGCAUGAGCGAGAGGACUCGGUCCGCAAGUACCUGCUGCAGGCCCGAACGGUCAUCAUCAAGAACUCGUGGGUGAAAGAGAUCUGCGGCAUACAGCAGCGGUUCAGCCUCCCACUGUGGAAUCCCCCACACUUUAUCGAGGUGCUGGCAGAUUGCACAGCCGAGUUGGGGGAGACGGUGAAAUUGGCCUGCCGCAUUACAGGAACCCCAAAGCCCACAGUCACCUGGUACAAAGAUGGGCGCGCGGUGGAGGUGGACCCACAUCAUAUCAUCAUCGAAGAUCCUGACGGCUCCUGUACCCUCAUCUUGGACAACAUGACGGGCGCCGACUCUGGACAAUACAUGUGUUUCGCCACCAGUGCCGCUGGAUAUGCCAGUACCCUAGGGAAGAUCCUUGUUCAAGUACCACCAAGGUUUGUCAACAAGCUCCGCAAUGCCUACUUCGUGGAUGGCGAAGAUGCACAGUUCUCUUGUACCAUCGAAGGGGCGCCGUAUCCACAAAUAAGGUGGUACAGAGACGGGUAUCCUCUGACAGACUCCACCAAGCACCAGACAUACACCGAGCCGAGGAGCGGAACGUUGGUCCUGGUUAUAAAGAACGCCACUAAGGAGGACGUUGGCCAUUAUGAGUGUGAGCUGACAAACAGACUGGGGUCAGCGCGCAGCGCAGCGGAGCUGAACGUACAGACAGCGGCGUCACUGGCCCAGGAGAGGAGAGGAGACCAGAUCAUCACCAUAGAAGAUCCCAUUGGCUCAGUCCACAAUAUGGCUGCCUACAAGAUACAUAAGCAAAGAGUAAACUUCACUGAACAAGAAAGUAAAGUUCCCAAGAAAACCGUUAUCAUAGAGGAGACUAUAACAACAGUGGUAAAAAGUCCAAGGAUGAGGAGAAGAAUGUCUCCAGGAAUCUCCCCUUCACGUCCAGCCUCAGGACACUCCCCAGCAAGAACCCCAAGAUCUGAAGCCUCCACACCGGAGCCUCACUUUUUAACAAGAGGCAAGCAGUCAGUGUUUAGGUCUGAGCAAGAAACACGCAAGACCGUCCUUCCCACGUUCUUUGUCACAGAACCAGAAGAAGAACGAGGGGCAUCUGCCAGGCCAGAGGAUCAGAAAACUAGGUGGAUUGAAGUCGAAGAAAUUAUUGAAUUUAAAGUGAAAAAAUCACCAAAGCCACCUAGGAAAAGAGGGACAUCUCCAGCAAAGCCAGAGAAAGAUGAACGAGGUUCUCGGAAGUAUACCCCCCACGGUUCAAGAUCAAAGGGUUACCCUGGUGAAGACCCCAACACAAAUAACUCCAACAACAAAUUAGUAGAAGAAUCUAAGACUUCACUUCCGUGUACCUUAUCAGAGGCUGACAUCUCAUCAAUGGAAUAUGGACUUGUAGAACAAGAGUCGGAGGUUGAGGAAGAUCUAGGGUUUCAGUAUGACCCAGAACAAAGUGAUAGUGACUCUUUAGAAAAAAGCACAAAAUAUCCAUCAGAACCAGAAACCCCAGUAGUUUCUCAGGAGAGAGAACAUGUGUUAUUCAAUAUAUCUGAGGAUGAUAUUUCAUCAACACCAGUGAAUUUGGAUGUCAGCGAUAACCUAGAAAAACUGAUGGAAGAAGAAGAAGCACAAGAUGCAGACCAGACAUUAUCUUUGGAAGUAGAAGACAUCAUCGUUGAAGAGCCAGAAGAUGAAGAUACAGAAGACCUCAGAAACAGAGAUCAAAAAAUUCUUACUCGUGAUGGAAAAGUUCUAACUCUAGAAGAUCUCGAGGAUUACGUUCCAGGUCAAGGAGAGACUUACGGAUGUGAUGAAAAUGAGGCAAACAUCGCUGAGAACACGCCUUGUGAGAUAUCUGUACUGCAAGCUGAAAUAAAUGAGCCAAUCGUCGGCAAGCCUGUGUUGUUGAAUGUAGGAAGGCCUGUUGUCCCAAAACAGAGACAAGGCUUCUUCAGCAACUUAAAAGAGGGAAUCGGAAGUAUGUUCAUGGCUGGCUCAAGAAUGAGUAGGAUGAAUAUGAUGGGAUCCUCAAAUGUUUCUUUCCAUAUGAAUGAAGCCGGCAUGGCUGGGGCAAGUGCCUCAUCCACUGGCCAGCCAUCUUUUAAUAUUAAGCCCUCUUUCUGUACCGAAGUCCAACGUUCUAUAGACCACGGGCAACCCAGCUUUAAAACUGAAGUUUCUACAAGAACCUUAAGCUACGGCACCCUUGGAGAGACUGUUACCUUACACAUAACCAAAAAAGACCCUUCCCAGAGCUAAGUCUAGAUAAUAUCAUAAGAAUAAGAGGAGGAGGCUGGUAGUGGAUGGAGAUGCUGAAAAUGUCGAUAUCUGGAAAGAUGCUGAGAUGUUACACAGGCCAUGGACCUUUUAUUUUCCAGUCUUAAUGGGAACACUUACACUUACAUGAAAAAAGAAAUACGUAUUAACUAAAGUGUCAUUCCAUAUAGAACAUAUGGUUGUCUAGAGCUGAGAAAUUAGAAGGAUUUGACUCUCCUCCUCGUAUAGAUGUCUACAAUCUACGUACGGAAGGGAAUUUCUUACUUUACUUACAAUACUUUAGCAAAUGUACAUGUUUUAUUCAAGUACUUUGCCGGAAAUGGAAAUUAUGUUUACAUUGAUACACGCAACUUUGACAAUGGCGCCAAAAAAAAUAAAUAAGACCUGCCAAAAAUUGUUAUGUCAAUCUGGAAAAAAAAUAAUUACUUUGGACAUUUGCCAUGAUGCAACAUGGUGUAUGAACUAAAAUACAGUAACUGAGAUAUGUCAAAAAUGAUACAUAAUAUAUAAACUGAAAGCUGCAACAAGAAACCUGUGAUGCGUUUUUAGAAAAUGUCCUUGUCUGAAAGGACACAGACCCGUCAGCAAAGAGGUCUGGAGUACGUCAGUAACCAUUACCAACAUCAGAGGAGAGCGCAGUGUGUGUAUUGUCUAGUAAAUGGCUAUUUGUAACCAGGCGGUACCGUUUGGCCUCUGUGUGUGUUCAGACUCCAUUACUGAAACGUAUUGUUGCCUUUGGAAUUGCUCUUAACUCGAUAAAUGGAAUAAUAAAAAAAAAAAAAAACAUUGUAGAAUACAAAUUCUGAUUACAGGAAAAUUGUAGCAUUGUGCAGACAAUCUAAGCCAUGCUCUUAAGGUUAUUAUUGUAGGUUGUAAUUGUAUCGUUGCAUUUUGUUUUUUUUCUCUCUCAAAGCAUGAAUUCUAAUUUGUGAUCUAGUUGUUAUUUAUUAACCCCUUCAAGCCCUGCCGUGGGAUUUGUUCAGUUAAACAAUUACCUCUUAUGAUGGCUGAUAUGACAACGCUGAAAUAAAGAAAGAUAAUGGUGAUGAAGUGAA